UCUUCAAAAACUUAGAGCUCAUUGAAAGAAAAAGAAAAAUUCAUAAAGAGGUCCUCAUUAUACGGGUAACACCAUACCCACAACCAAUUUGAACAAAGAGGAAAGGGACAGAGACCAAAAAGAAAAAAAAAAGAAAAAAAAAGAAAAAGUUUCAAACCCUAACCCUCGAAUUUGCAGAAAUUGCGCGAUUACAAGGGGAAUUCCAUCUCUCUCCACAGUGCGCAUUCCAGUUCUCUAUCUAAAAAGUUGAAUUUCGAAUUUCGUUUUUCGCGCAUCAAUUCAAGUUCCUUUUCGCAGAUCAAGAAGAGUUAGAUGAAAUAAAUUGAAUGAUUUUUUCGACGAUUUCAAGAAAUUAAAAGGAAUUAUUCGACGAUUCCAAGCAAUUGAAGGAUUGUUUCGACGACACCAAAAAAAUUGAAGUUGUAGUUGAAUCUUGCAUAUUGGUACCUGAAUAUUGUUUUAGUUAGCGAAAUGGCGAAUGAGGGCUCAGUUGAUGUGAUUCUGGAUUUUCUGCAAAAGAAUGGAUUUUCGCGGGCGGAGGCGGCCCUGCGUAGUGAGUUAAGUAACCGUCCUGAUAAUAAUGGGUUUCAAAAGUUAACCCUGGAAGAGAAGGACAAGGACAAGGACAAGGACAGGGGUAAGAAGGCUCUAGGAGGAAAUGUGGAUAAGUCUAGCUCCUGGUCUAGCUCUGAGGUCUCUAAAGAGCUUAUUGUCAAAGAGAUAGAGUGCGGGACGAACAGUCAUGAUAAGAAGAGCAAGUGGAACUCGACGACAUCCACUGUUGAGCAUACAAUUUCCGGUGAUAAAGCAUACAACUCGAUCUUAAGCAGCUCGCAGGAUACUGUGCUUGAUCUGUGUACUUGGAAGUAUAAUCAAAAUAAUGCUUCUGGGGAUCCCUAUAAAAGCAGUAGUAAUAUUAUAAAUCCCGGCCCUGUUAAGUUGCAGAGUAGUGGUUCUGAGUCAACUAGUACGCGAAAAGUCGAUUUGCCACUUGAUAAUGAUGUUUUCCCUGAAAAGCGAUUAACCUGGGUUUCCAGUUCUGGUAAAGCAAGUGUGGAUACAAAUUGUGAAACUAACCAACCAAAUGACCCUAAAGAUGACAAACGGAAAAGAAGUGAGUAUAUGCAGUCUGAAGGUAACUUUGCAGAUGUAAAGGGGUCUAGAAAUGAAGAUGCUCCUAAUUCCUCAUCAGGCCAAUGGAAUGAAUGCAGUGUGAAGACUGUUCUGUCAUUUUCAAACAUGGACAUUCCAACUACCAGUGAGAGUGCUGUUGUUUCUGGAAACAAGGAAAUAUCUAGGAAAGCAGAUAUGGUUAGCAUUAGAGCCGCUAUUAAGGAGCAAGUAGAUGAGGUUGGAAGAUCUUUGUAUCUUGCAAAGCUUCAAGGGAUUUCUGACAAAAAGGAUGUUGACUAUUCAGGUCUGCCUCUGGUUUCUGAAAUUUCAAAGGAAGAUUAUCCGAGGUUGCCUCCUGUUCGACUCAAGUCUGAAGAUAAGCAACUGACUGCUAACUGGGAGGAGAGAUUUGAUAAUGAUGGUCCGAGCUUGAAGUUAACUAGUGCUGACAGUACCUAUCUUUUAGGCUCUUAUUUGGAUGUUCCUGUUGGUCAAGAGAUCAGCUCAUCAGGUGCCAAAAGAAUGACAGGAGGCAACUGGUUAUCUGUCAGCCGGGGUAUAGCAGAAGAUGCUUCCGAUCUGGUCUCUGGCUUUGCAACUAUCGGUGAUGGAUUGAGUGAAUCUAUUGACUACCCUAAUGACUACUGGGACUCUGAUGAGUAUGAUGAUGAUGACGAUGUUGGGUACAUGAGACAACCUAUUGAAGAUGAGGCUUGGUUUUUAGCUCAUGAAAUAGACUAUCCUAGUGAUAAUGAAAAAGGACCUGGACAUGGGAGCAUUCAAGACCCUCAAGAAAGAGCUAUAACUAAAGUUGAGGAGGAUGAUCAGUCUUUUGCUGAGGAGGAUUCUUACUUCUCUGGUGAGCAAUAUAUCCAUUCAAAAAACAUGGAGCCCAUUUCAGCUUCAGAUGAUCCUAUUGGGCUGUCUGUUACAGAGGUGUAUGAGAAAGCUGAUGGUAAUGAUAUAAUAGCUCAUUAUGAUGGGCAGUUGAUGGAUGAAGAGGAACUGAACUUGAUGCGUUCUGAACCUGUUUGGCAAGGCUUCGUGACACAGUCAGAUGAUCUGAUCAUGAUGGGGGAUGGGAAAGUUAUGAACGAAUGUGGAAGACUUGUGCUGGAUGAUGGGUGCAUUGAUGAUGACCAGCAUGGCUCUGUUAGAUCAAUCGGUGUGGGAAUCAACAGUGAUGCUGCCGACAUUGGUAGUGAAGUACGUGAUAGUUUAAUUGGUGGAAGUAGUGAAGGUGACUUUGAGUACUUUCACGAUCACGAGGUUGGUUUAGCCGCAGCGAAAUAUCCUCCAAAUAGGACUAUCAAAGACAGGAAAAAAACAUCCAGACAUGAUACUGAUAAAUAUUUGCUUGAAACUGAUAAAGAUACAUGCUUACAACUCAGAAAUCAUUCAGAUGUAGGGUUUUCAUUUGUUCCUCCUGUGCGAGGUGACCCUGCAGGCUCUAGUAAACCUUUGUGGUCAAGCAACAACAAUAGUGUUGGUGAUGAGUUACAUGAUAAUUUAAGAAGGGAUGAUAUGCUUGCACCAUGGAGACAUAAAAGUAGCACUUCUUCACCUGCCAGGAGCCCUGGAGAUGAAAAUAAUGCUCCUGUUGUUAGAUCAGCUGAAUCUACUCCCUCUACUAUCUCAGAUUAUGCUUAUGCUGAAAAGGAGCGUGUAAAAAGAGCAGAUGAUGAGAAGACGACAAGUGUGAGAGAAGAUGAUGCUGGAGCAUCUUUAGAGGAUGAAGAAGCAGCUGCGGUUCAGGAACAAGUGAGGCAGAUAAAGGCCCAGGAAGAGGAAUUUGAGACUUUUAAUUUGAAAAUAGUGCACAGAAAGAACAGGACCGGGUUUGAAGAGGACAAAAACUUUCAUGUAGUGUUAAACUCAGUCGUAGCAGGGCGCUACCAUGUUACUGAGUAUCUCGGGUCAGCUGCGUUCAGUAAAGCUAUACAAGCACAUGAUCUACACACCGGCAUGGAUGUUUGUGUUAAAAUUAUCAAGAAUAACAAGGAUUUUUUUGAUCAGAGUCUUGAUGAGAUAAAGCUCCUCAAGUUUGUAAACAAACAUGAUCCUGCUGACAAGUACCACCUGCUUCGGUUGUAUGAUUACUUUUACUACCGUGAACACUUGUUGAUUGUUUGUGAACUUCUCAAGGCAAACUUGUACGAGUUUCACAAGUUCAAUAGAGAAUCUGGUGGAGAGGUCUAUUUUACUAUGCCAAGAUUGCAGUCAAUUACAAUUCAAGUUUUGGAGGCACUUCAGUUCUUGCAUGGCCUUGGGCUAAUACAUUGUGACUUGAAGCCUGAGAAUAUCCUAGUUAAAAGCUACAGUAGAUGUGAAGUAAAAGUAAUUGAUCUCGGGAGCAGUUGUUUUGAAACAGACCAUCUAUGCUCAUAUGUUCAGUCAAGGUCAUACCGAGCCCCAGAGGUUCUGUUGGGCUUGCCAUAUGAUAAAAAGAUAGAUGUAUGGUCUCUCGGGUGCAUUUUGGCAGAGCUUUGUACAGGCAAUGUUCUCUUCCAAAAUGAUUCACCGGCAACAUUACUUGCCCGGGUCAUUGGGAUCAUUGGCCCAAUUGAACAAGAGAUGCUUACAAAGGGAAGAGAUACAUACAAAUAUUUUACCAAGAAUCACUUGCUAUAUGAAAGAAACCAGGAAACAAGCCGACUGGAAUACUUGAUUCCUAAGAAGACAUCCUUAAGGCACCGGCUACCUAUGGGAGACCAAGGCUUCAUAGACUUUGUUGCACAUUUGCUUGAAAUAAACCCGAGAAAGCGUCCUUCUGCAUCUGAGGCCUUGAAGCACCCUUGGCUAUCAUACCCGUAUGAACCCAUAUCAUCUUAGAAUUAGUAAACAGCUAAAGGUCUAAACGACGAGCAGGGCUGCCACUGAAGUAACCUUGUCUGGGGUAUAGAGCCUACCACGAACAAGUUGUGCAAACUGAUCACCCUUGAGGGGAUCUGUACUGCCAAUUUUGUCCUUGUGCUUUGCCUACACAGAGGCACAGAGCUGCAAGAGGUGAUUUUUGGUCUGUUUGUGACCUUCCCCAACUUACUGGCCCAAUUUGUAUUUUAUUUUGACAGAUAUCAGAAGGCUUUAUUUUGCUACUAAAACAUGUGCUCUUAGGCCCACUUGUACGUUCUCAUUUUUUCAUUUUUCCUUUCUUUGACCUAAAUUUUUUGUAUUGGGGGAAUGGUUUUCUUUCUUUUUUCUUUUUGGAUUUUUUGGGGGUGUAGGUGGUGGUAGUGGGAGGAAUUUCGGAGCUGGGCGGUUGUAAAUGUUGUGAAAUGUGAGUAUCCUUUUAGUUCUAGCAUUAGUUGUUUAUCUCGUCUGUGGCAAGCUGUUUAGUCAACUUGCAUUCAAGGUUACUUUAGCUUUAACAUGUUACCUGCUACAACAUUCCUACCGCAUUGUUGUUAAGUUUGAUGCUCUUAUUUCAA